UCUCCGAAAUCGUACACACACAAACUCAGCAGCUCCCCAACUCAAGAAAAAACCUUGCUCUGCAAAAGUGAUCUUUGACGGAAUGAUAGUUGAACUAAUCCCUGGAUUUUGGCUGUGUUUUUAUUUUUACUAAGCAUACGCUUCUCAAAUUUGUUUUCUAUGUUCGAGUGCAUCAUUCUGUUGUAGAUUUCGAAUAAAUUUGCGAUGUUGCACGAUAUUACUAACUGUGUGUAAAAGUGUGUGCAUCUUUUCGGAUUUUACGUUACUCCAUAUCGACGCGAAGUCGAGGACAGCGUUAUUUAUCCUUCAACGUGAGUUGAUUCGACUCACUUAAAUCAAAGGGCAGAGUUUUAAAAAAGGACAAGAUGGAAAAACGAAGGUGACGAACUUGGAAUAUAAGAUUGUAUUUUUUUUAAAGGGAUAGUCAUGUUUUGUAUCAUCACUUUAAUAUUCUCUUUACUUCUGCGUUGUUCUGUCUGCAGUGACGAUUUUAGAACGACUAAUUACGAAGAGCUUGAAGAUGUUGUCGACAUUUUUACCAGACCCAACGUCGAAUCUUACACUGAGCUUCUAUUUGACAGUGAAAGAUACCAGAUGAUUGUCGGCGCUAGAGAUUAUUUGUUUCGAUUAAAUUUGGAGAGUCUCAGGGUGUUAGAAGAAACAAACUGGCCUGCUACACCAGAAAAGCUGAAGAUGUGCAUGCAAAAAGGCCAAACUGAGGAUGAUUGUCAUAAUUACAUUCGCGUUCUAUUGAUGCAAGGAAACAGAAUAUUUGUAUGUGGAACAAAUGCAUUUUCACCUUUAUGUUCAUGGAGAGAUGUCAAUUCCCUAAGUUCUGUCCAUGGAUGGGAGGAUGGUGUUGCCAAAUGUCCCAGAAAUCCUCACGCAAAUAGUACUGCUUUACUUACAACGGAAGGAGAUUAUUAUAUUGCUUCAGCUCUGGAUUUUACAUCUCAAACCCAUGCCAUCUAUAGAAUAAUGGGAAAUCAACCAUACCUACGCACAGUGCAAUAUGAUCUCAAGUGGUUGAAUGAACCCAGUUUUAUUGCUGCAUAUGAAAUUGGAAAUUUCACCUAUUUUUUCUUCAGAGAAAUUGCUGUUGAGUACAUUAACUGUGGAAAGGUUAUAUAUUCCAGAGUAGGAAGAAUGUGUAAAAACGAUAAAGGUGGCCAGUUUAUUCUGAAAGAUAAUUGGACAACAUUUCUUAAGGCCCGUUUAAAUUGCUCUAUCCCUGGACCAUAUCCUUUCUAUUACAAUGAAAUUCAAAGUAUUCACUUUGAUGAAAGUCACCAAAUCAUGUAUGCAACAUUUACAACACCAGAAAACAGUAUUUAUGGAAGUGCGAUUUGUGCUUUCAAUCUCUCGGCUUUGCAUAAAGCUUUCAGUGGGCCUUUGAAAUAUCAAAGCACACCCAAAUCAUCAUGGGAAAAACAAAGUGUUACUCAUAACCAUUUCCAGUGUCAAAGUCCUGGAAGUGCAAACCAUUUAUUAGACUCUGAAAAAUACCAGUUAGCUGAUGAUGCUGUCCAACCAAUACAUUCAAGACCUAUCUAUACAAAAGAACUUGAAAGAUUCACCUUUAUUGUUGUUGAUAUAGUCCAAACAAAAUAUCACGAUGAAAUUCAUGUCAUUUAUGUUGCCACUCUGGAAGGAGAAUUAAAAAAGCUUAUUAGAAUGCCCAAUAGCUCUGAAAGUUGCCUUAUUGAGAAAAUGCAACUUUUCCCUGAAGGUAGAAGACAGAAAAUAAAAGUUAUGAAGCUUCUAAAAGAUACUAAUUCCAUUUACAUAGGAACAGAUGAGACUGUUAUCAGAAUCCCAAUGCAGAGGUGUGAGCGAUUCAGAUCUAAAUAUGAUUGUAUGAGCUCAUUGGAUCCAUAUUGUGGCUGGAACGAUUAUUCAAUGGCUUGUGCAACCGCUCCAAAUCGUAAUCCACUAACCACUUUUUGGGAGCAAAAACCAAUACGAUGUCCAAAACCUAAUGCUCCUGUGGAUGGUGGCUGGGGAAAAUGGUCUUCUUGGUUGCCUUGUUCUAAUUUAAAAAGAGGAUCUUUUGAUGAAGGCUGUCUUUGUCAAAAAAGAAUGUGUAAUAAACCUGCACCAGCAAAUGGUGGAAGUCCAUGUGAAGGAGUUGAAAUACAAGUUACAAAUUGCACUGUUCAUGGUCAAUGGACUGAAUGGUCUGCAUGGUCAGCUUGUUCUCAAAGUUGUGGCACUGCUGUUAAAGUACGUCGUAGAACAUGCGGUAAUCCUGCCCCACAGCAUGGUGGUCAUAAUUGUAUUGGACCUGAUACUGAUGAAAUGUUCUGUUCCACUAAUCAACCUUGUCCAGCAUUUUCAAGAUUACCUUUAGAUGGUCAUUGGUCUGAAUGGACAUCUUGGAGCGAAUGCAGUGCAUUUUGUGGUAGCGGCAUCCAAACAAGGGAAAGACGCUGCAAUGAUCCUGCUCCCCAAUAUGGAGGAAAAGAAUGCAUAGGCUGCCCUCAAGACUUUAGAAUCUGCAAUAACCAUAUGUGCCCAGAACAUCGAAAAUCUUCACCCUGGUCACCCUGGCUUUUGGUGAAUACUACAAAAGAUGGUUACUUCCAACAAAGAUAUCGAUCAACGUGUCGUGCCAAUGUGCCAGACAUUAAUGACAUCAGAAUGGGGCAUUUAAAGAAAGAAGAAAGAUUUUGUCUUGAAGGAAGCAACAGCUGUUUAGAUUCGGCAUUUAUCAACAUUGAUGGUGGUUGGUCAGAAUGGGGGACAUGGUCUAUCUGCUCUGUGACUUGUGGAUCUGGAGUACAAUACAGAGAAAGAACUUGUGACAAUCCUUCUGUAUCUGGUAAUGGUGCUGACUGUAAAGGCCCAUCAAGAUCAGAAAAGAAAUGUGAAAAUCCAGCUUGUGAUGUUUCUGAAGGUUGGGAUGAAUGGACUGUUUGGUCACUUUGUGAUUACCAAAAUAUGCAACACAGACAACGUAGAUGUAAUGCAGAUGUCCCAAGCUCAAAGUUCUGCUCUGGACCUAGUCGUGAGUUGCGUCUUUGUGUGGACACAGCUUACAGUGUGAGCAAUCAAGCUGAGGAAGCUCAGAGUACCGAGGAGGAUGGAGUUCACAUGGAGCAUGUUAUUUUAGCUUUGUUCUGUGGAAUCCUUGUUGGGCUUGCAUCUGGAGCUAUUGGAAUGUAUCUUUUCAAGCAGAAAAAAAUUCAUGAUCUACCUCAUCUCACACCAAGAACUGCUGAUGCUAACCUUUACAUGUCAAAUACAGAGUGGAAAGCAACGAGACCCCUUAAUGAUUCGACUUUAAAAACGCCCCAAAAAGAAGCCACAAUCAAAAGAAACUGCAAUGGGACUUUGACGAGGAACUUAAGAACUCCUUUAUAUUCAGAAGAAAGUUUUCGUACCUGAGUUACUGUAGCUUAUGAGGGUUUUUUCAAAGACUGAACGUAGCAUGAGACUUUGAAACUACUAAAUGCCAGGUCGAAGGCAAGGCUAGUCGCAUUUUCGAGUCAAUUUCGUGUGAUCUGAAGAUGUGCCAUUCGGUUCAAAGAAUCCAGUUUACUUGUUAUUUUUGUUUUUGUUUGUUGAAAGUGAAGACUUUAUAAGACUGUUUUUCUGUUAUUUUACCCCAACAUCACAUGUUUCUUUUUUAAUUAAAGGAAUUUUCAAUCUCCCACUGUUUUUCCAAAACAGAAGUUGAUCUUUUGUUAGUGCAGCUGAAUGGGAUGGACUAUAUGAGUAUAGCUCAACUAGCAAUUUUCAUUGUGUCUGAAAAAAUGUUUUCAUAAUGGGCCUAUUCAUUAUUUUAUCACCUUGUGUUGGAUGAUUAUUAUUUGAAUGAGUGGAACAAAUUUAUUUUUAAAUAUGUCUGAGAAGCUAUUUUGCUUCUAUUCUAUAUUGUCUCAUAGAAGUUUUCAUGUGAAAAAAUAUCAUAUCUUAUCUUUUCCUUCAUAUCAUCAUCUCAGUAUGUAAUUACUCUGUAUAGAGACUAUUUAAUGAGAUAGAUAAUUUUGAGGGUUUCAUCUUUGGAUCCCUAGUGAUUUAAAUUAGGUGUUAUGUUGAAGAUAUGGAAGAAUUAUGAUAUGAGUGCCUCAGCCAGAGUAGAUUGAGUUUGAAAUAAGUUGUACCCACACAAAAAAUUUUAGAACAAAAAUAAGAAACUUUGAAAAUACCAAUGAAAAAUUUUAUUUAUUUUUUAUUUUCCUUUCGAGGAAACUUAUAAUUUAAUUAUAUUUUUAUUAUCUUCACUCAUUUGUGCUAUAAGUCAACUAAUAGGGAAACACAUGUUAUUUAACAUCCUCAUUUCCAUAGAAGUUUAUUGUUUUCAUUCCCAUUUCUUAUGUACAUACAUUGAACCAUUGUUAUCUUGUAAAUAUCAUUCUGCAUAAAGAAAGUUACAAAUUCCCUGUUUAAUGAAAAUCUUGUCACUGUCUUGUUUAGUGUGUGCAUGACUUUUUUUUUGCCAAAAUUGUAUUUCCAUACAGUGAUAUGUAAAUAGCUUACCACUGAUUGUACACAACAAUAAAAAAAUUAUUAAAUUUUUUUUUAUUCGCUUAAUCAAGAGCAGUAAAUAAGCAUUUUCUUAUUACUGUAAAAAGGAAGCAUCAUUUGUUAAAAGGAAGGAAGGUCCUUGGAAAUAAAUUAUUUCAAGACGUUGAAUAAAUUAGAAAAUUUAUUUUCACGAUUAUUAUAUUUUUAUUUCAAAAAUUUAUAUUACAAAGAACGGCUUGUUUCAAGUCGAUGUCUUAAAAUCAAAGAAAAUUAAGUUUUUGUGAUAUACAUAUUAUGGAACAAGCUUAUUUGAAAAAAAAAUUAAAAACUUUAAAAUGGUUAUUGUCAUUUGUUGGUUAUAAAAAGAGAAAAAAUACUAAUAGCAAAAAAUACUUUUUAUAACAGUGUGUGUUUUUAUUGCAAUGUAUAUUACCUUUAAACAUGAAAAGUUAGUAAAAUAUUUUUAAAUAUUAGUACUACAUUCAUGAUUCAUGGUAGUUUACGCAAACAUUUAUUCAUUUGCAAUAUCAUAUAAAUAG